UAUUCAACUACCUCAUAUCAUAGACACUACAUUGAAAGUGACACAAGUGGAAUCCAAUGGACCUUGCUGCCUAAAGAAAAGGCAUAAGAGAGUGAGUUAAGGAAAUUAAAUAGCACAAAAUUAUUGAAGAUAGAAAGAGAAGCUGAAAAUACCAUUCUCAGAUCUAAAAUGAAGUUCUUGUUUCAGUGCCCUUGCUGCUCCUGCUUCUGCUUCAUGAAGCCGAAACAAGGGAAGCCCAAGAUCAAGGAACAACCCAAGAUCAAGGAAGAACCCAAGAAGGAGAUCAAAGAAACCAAGGUUGAAGAAAAGAAGGACGACUGAUACAUAUGAAGAAGCAAGAGUUGAGCUACCUUUGGAGGGUGACGGUGGUGCAACUGAGUAGUAUUAGACUUUCAGUUCUUUUGUUUAUAAUUCUUUUGAAAGACUCAUCUUAUGUCGUUUGUUUAUAGUUUCCUAACGUUGUAAACAAGUCUUAUAUUUGUUUUGAACGUUUGAGACACUUGUAGUAGUAUACUCUAGUUUUUGAAUUAUCUACUUUAAUUUAUUAA